UUCGUUCACCGUCACUCACGGAGCUUCCCGAGGGCUGUGGCUCCAACACAGGGAGCCCGGGCUCUCUGGAGCAGCGCCGUGUUAAUGGCAGUGUGAGUGGAAGCCUUCCCUACGACACUUCCAGCCCAGCAUGAGAAGCAGUACUCAGCCUUAUCAGUGUGAGCCCCUCUCUCAGCCCCCACCAAAUGCUUCUCAGUGCUGAGAUCACAUUGAGCUCCCCCUGAGCUGUCAGAGCAGUGCAAUGGGAUUGGGGGUUUUACAACGUUCAGCCCCUUCUCCUUCUUCCCAGGAGUCUUAUCCAGCUGUUCCCCCCAUCUGGUCUGUGGAGUCGGAUGAUCCCAACCUGGCAGCUAUCCUGGAGAGGCUGGUGGAAGUCAGGAAAGGAAAUACGCUGCUUCUGCAGCACCUGAAGCGAAUAAUUUCAGACCUGUGCAAACUCUACAACCUCCCCCAGCAUCCUGAUGUGGAAAUGUUGGACCAACCUCUGCCAGCAGAACAGAGCACGCAGGAAGAGGUGUCCUCUGAAGAGGAAGAUGAAGAGAUGCCAGAGGACACCGAGGACUUGGACCACUAUGAGAUGAAAGAAGAAGAACCAGCAGAUGGAAGGAAAACGGAGGAUGAAGGCAUUGGGAAGGAAAAUCUGGCCAUUUUAGAGAAAAUAAAAAAGAACCAGAGGCAAGAUUACUUAAAUGGUGCAGUGUCUGGGUCUGUGCAGGCCACUGACCGGCUAAUGAAGGAGCUCAGGGAUAUUUACAGAUCACCAAGUUUCAAGGGCGGAUACUAUGCAGUUGAACUAGUGAAUGACAGCCUGUACGAUUGGAACGUCAAACUCCUGAAGGUUGACGAGGAUAGCGCUUUGCACAACGAUCUCCAGAUCCUCAAAGAAAAAGAAGGAACAGAUUUCAUCCUCCUAAACUUCUCGUUUAAAGAUAACUUUCCUUUCGAUCCACCAUUUGUAAGGGUUGUGUCCCCAGUGCUGUCAGGGGGGUAUGUCCUGGGUGGUGGUGCCAUCUGCAUGGAGCUGCUUACCAAACAGGGCUGGAGCAGUGCAUACUCCAUCGAGUCUGUGAUCAUGCAGAUCAGUGCAACUCUGGUGAAAGGGAAAGCACGAGUGCAAUUUGGAGCCAAUAAGAAUCAGUACAGCCUGACAAGAGCACAGCAGUCCUACAAAUCCCUGGUUCAGAUCCAUGAGAAGAAUGGCUGGUACACACCACCCAAGGAGGAUGGCUAGCACAGACACUGCAGGACCCAUCUGCUCACUCCCAAAUGCUGUACUCGGAUCUUACCACGCCUCUCCGGCUUUCUCCCAGGAUAUAAUAGCUCUGCCUGUUGCAGGACAAUAAUGGCUGUUAUAAACUUUAAAAGAAAACUGUUUAAGCAGUUGGACUGACCUAAAACACUUGCUGGACCCUUGUUAGCAGGCAUUCUUAUUAAAACAAACUUUUGAGCCUCUUGUAUCGCUGGAAACUUUCGACUCUACUCCAGUCUAGAGCGUCCUCCUUACCUAUGCUAUGGAUUUAAUUUAUUUUCUUAUUUCAUGUACACUGCUUUUUUUUGUUACAGUGUAUGAUGGAUGUGUAUGGAAAAUGUAUCUUUGGAGAAAAAUUACAGUUUGUUAAUUUGAAGGUUA